AUGACCGAUGCCCUCUUCGACUUCUCCAAAUGCCACUACAACAACUGUCGCUACGACGGGCUUGACCUCAGCGAGCAGACGGAUGUGGUGCUGGUCAACGUGGACUGGAUCACGGACGACUCGCUGCCCAAGAGAAGGUGGCCGCACCAGCUGUAUGCGGCAAUGACGUGGGAGGCACCGCCCAAUACCAGAGCCGGAUUUCUGUCCAAUGCCAACUUAUCAUGGAACUUUGCCUUCAACCUUACCUUCACGUACAGGAGAGAUGCCGAUAUAUUUUUACCUUACGGGAUUCUGGAGUUCAAGCCGCUUGCAAAGAAUGUGCAACCUAACUAUUACGAGAUUGCCAAGAGAAAAACUCGCUUUUCAGCCUGGUUGGUCAGCAACUGUGAGACCAAUUCCAAGAGAGAGGACUACAUCGACCAGAUGCAGAAAUAUGUAGUCGUCGACACGUAUGGUGGCUGCGGACGCCCGUGUAAAAAAGACUACUGCGCCUCCGUCUUCACCGACUACAAAUUUUACCUGGCUUUUGAGAACUCCAUCUGCCAUGACUACGUUACAGAGAAGUUCUUCAAAGUCUUUCGUCACGACCUCCAUAUCGUGCCUGUAGUCCGAGGCGGGAUCGAUUACAAAAAAUAUUUCCCCCAUGACGUGUUCAUAGACGCUGCUGAUUUCAAAUCCCCGCGGGACCUUGCUAUUUAUUUAAAAGAUCUUGGUAAAGAUUUGAAGAGGUACAGUGGAUACCUUGAGAGGAUUGAUCAGUACGUCUGGGGGCAGAGACCUACGGCUGGGUGUGUCGUGUGCGAGUUUCUGCACACGAAGGCGAUGGGGAGAAAGAUCUACAAUAUGACACGGUGGAUGGGGGAUGGACAGUGUGUUCUGUAG